CAUCUAUUUUUGUCGCUUACAACGUCGAAGAAAAAUCAAAAUGAAAGCAAAUUCGAACAUAUAUGUUGCAAUAUGUUUUUGUUUCUUGCAAUCUAUUGGCAUCUGUUUUUGUGAUGUAGAGCAGCUGGAAUCAACAGAGUUUAACAGUUUUGUUACAUCGAAUGACCUUGUCCUGGUUUUAUUUAAGGCUUCUGGUGAAUGUCCAUCAUGUAAUAAAGCACUUGAAUAUUUGGGUCGCCUGCCACAGCCAGAUCUUGUUCAAACAGAAAUCUUGAAGAGAUAUGUCAUUGAUGACAGACUGGCGGACAAACUUGGGGCACUAGAUUACCCAUCUCUAGUCUACUAUAGGAAUGGAUACCCAGCUUUAUAUAAUGUUAAGUUAAGCAGUUCUGAUGACCUGCCAGAGCUUGUAGAAUGGUUAUCACAAGCCUCUGAUGUAGCAACUAAAGAUCUGUUUGAUGACUCAUUUGAACACCUUACCCAGGCAUCAACAGGGGCAACAACUGGGGACUGGUUUGUCCUGUUUUAUAAACCUGGCUGUGAGGAUUGUAUGAAGAUACUACCCAGUGUUGAAUGUGCAGCUAUAAGUGUUAAAUAUAGAAUGAGCUUUGCAAAGAUUGAUGUGGAUCAGAACCCAAAGUUGACUAAAAGAUUUAAUAUUACAACAUGCCCAUAUGGAAUUUUGUUUAAGAAAGGCAAAAUGUACCCGUAUGAACCAGGGAAGUUUGAUACAAACUCACUGUUAGCUUUCACUGAGACCUGGUAUAAGAAUGUAAAGUCAUCACCUGUACCAAGGGAGCCCACAUCAUUUGAUAUUUUAACAGAAGCUAUAGCAAUGUAUAUAAAACAACAAGUAGAAGACCCAAAUAAAAACUUGUUGCUGAUUCUUGGUGUGCCAUCUGUGUGUUUACUUGUGGUAGUUUUAUUGAUAUUUGUGCUCAGAAAACCUCAGGAUACAAGGAGGAAACAUGACUGAUUUAUUAUUAUUCAUUUAAAUCUAUUAUGAUUAUAGAGGAUAUUGAAUGAGUGUAAGUUCAAUACUGAAUUUAUUGCACGAGUUGAAUAAAAUUAUAUUAUGGGAGCCUCUGGCGAGCAUAAUAUUAUUUUAUUCAACGAGUGCAAUAAAUGCAGUAAUGAACUAACACGAAUUUAAUAUUAUAUUUAUCACAUACUCAAAAUAAAGACAGUUUAAAUUGAAAUAAUUGUCAUUUUUCAUUGAAGCGCCUUUAGUAUAACGCUAACAUUUAGCGCGUCUUUACACUAUGUUUGUAGAUCUAUAACUCUAGUGAGGUCACAUCAAAAGAUAUGAACGGCCAUGCAAUACCAUAUUUACGGAGUCACUUAAUUGGCACGGGUGUGUGAUAAAUGUUUAUAUGGAAUUUGAUUCAAUUAGAACUGGUUCAAGAAUUGAAUAGGAUUUACUGUAAUACAGACAUGAAAGUAAAAUUUCAAUUUAGAAGAAAGUUGUGCUAGUAAGCAGGCCAUUCUAUCUUUAAACAUGUAUUUAGAUGUUUUACUAGCUCAUGAGAAAAGCUGCUUGUCAAGUAUAUUGCUGUUUUUUGACAAUUGAAAAUGUUCUAAAUACAGAUUUUAAAGUGCUGGAUUGUUCUAAAAAUAAUUGGAUUUAUUGAAUUUUUCAAAAUAAAGAAUUGAAUUUUCUCAAUUGUUCUCAAAUUUAAAAUUGGAUUUACUGAAUAAACUUUUUUUAAUAUUCUUGAUCUAAAAUUGCUUAAUAUGAAUUGGAUUAACUAAAGAGAUGUUUGAUAUACUGAAUAUAAUUAUGUUCUUAUUAUAAAACUGGAUUUACUGAAUUGUUAUUAAUAUAUAAUUACUUAUUCUGAACUAUUUUAAAUUUGAUGUAAAAUUAGAUUUAUUGAGUUUAAUUUUCUGGAUAUUGAAUUGUUCUAAAUAUUGAAAUGUAUUAAAAGAACUAUCCUAUAUAACAUUGGAUUUACAUAUUAUUCUUACCAUGGCAUUGGAUUGUGCUGAGCUGCUGCAAAACAAAUUGGGCAUACAUGUUUCACACACAUUUCUUGUUAAUCAAAAUUAAAAUUUGAUCUAUGAUAGAGUUUCUGAUAUAGAAUUAGAUGUGUUGAGCUAUUUUCAGUUUAGAAUUAUAUUUAUUAUAUACCUAUAAAUUUUUUCUCCCUAAAAUACACGCAAAUAUUAAAGCGCAAAUACGCUUCAACGGAUAGAAAUUUCUGUAUUAUGUUAGUGAUAAAUACAGUACCAUAUAUGGAAGUGCCAGACAAAUUUUGACGUUGGUUCCGAUCUUAGAUUUGUAUAACGUUGCAUUUGAAAACGGGAACCAAAAUUAUUAAAGGCGUGGACGGUUUUGCAAGAAUUACAUAUUCAUCCAUCAGUCAUGAAUUUAUUUCUUGACAACUACAUUUCAUUUUCUGAAUAAAACGAAAAGGUACAUAAUAAAAGGAAAAUUAUGUUAAAGUAGCUUUCUGAGACUAUGCAUUCUUCUACUGGCAACGUUGGAAAAUGGAUAUAUCGCUCGACCUUCUGUCUCGCGAGAUAUCAAUUUUCAACCGCUGCUCAUAGAAAAAUACAAAGCCUCAGAAAGCUACUACAACGUAAUAUUCCGUAUUUACAUGUCUGUAAAAAUAAAAUCUGUUAUAAAGAACUGCUGUUAAUUAAUAUACAAAUUGAUUUGUUAUAAAUAUGAAAUUGUAUUUACUAACAUAUUCAGAAAAAUUGGAUUUACUGAAAAGUUUUAAAUAUAUAGAAUUUCAUUUACUGAACUUUUUGAAUAACAACACUAUUAUUUAUAUAUUGCAUUUGAUUUAUAGACAUUUUAAAAAAUAGAAUUAAAUUAAUUAAAUUUAUCUUAAUUUAGAAUUAGAAUGACCAAGUUGUCGGUUAUAUUAAGGGGUUUAAUACAACUAAGUCUUAAUCCAUGAAUUGCAUUUGUGAUUAACUUGCAAAUUAUUUGUUUUUAUUAAACUUUCUCAAAGAUUUUUAUUUUUUCAUCAUUUUGAUUUCUUAGCUCACUUGAGCAUAUGCUACCUGAGCAUAUGCUCAGGGUGAGCUAUUCGGAUCACUCUUCGUCUGUCGUCUGUUGUCCGUUCACACUUUUAAAACGACAUCUCCUCUGAAAUCAUAAGGCAGAUUAUAAUGAAACUUCACAGAUGUUCAUUGUGUGAAGCCUUAACAAAGUUGUUCAAAGAAUUCCAUUCCAUGCAGAACUCUGGUUGCCAUGGCAACCGAAAGAAAA